AUGGAGGCAAAUGCUCAUGAAGAUCAAGAUGAAUUUGUUUUGCUUGACUUGGAUAGUGUUUAUGGCCUAAUUGAUAUUCCCCCAAAUGCUAACUAUGUUCUUAGGGGUCUUGAUACUUUAAACCCAGUAUUGAUCAUUGAAGACAAAUUUAAGCUGAUUGGGGAAUACGAAGAGACAAUUGGAACAUGUAUCGCAUUUGAAGAACAUGAGGCACCGGUGGUUCAUGAAGAGACAGGACCAUCUGAAGCAAACCUAUUUUAUGGAAGAAGACUAAUAGAUUCAAGUCAACCUCCAACAAAGCAAGUCAAACCUGUAUGUCAGCUUCAUAAGGUUCUCAAAUUUAAAUUAUCACCCGAUUCUGAAAUUCAAAGUCGCACUAUGGAGGAAGACAAUUGA